AUGCACGAUUUACACCACCUCCAGCUUCGUGGGAAUAAGCUGACGAAUGAUGGCUUGCAGGCCAUUCUUGAUGGUUGUCCUCAUCUUGAGUCGCUUGAUCUCCGCGGGUGUUUCCAUCUUAAACUGGGAGGAGAGUUGGGAAGAAGAUGUGCUGAACGAAUUAAAAAACCUUGUAAUUUGGAUAACACCGAAGGGAAGACCAAUAGACAUCUGUUUUACCAGUACAGGACAGAGAAAGUAGAAAUGGCGGAAUACCAUUUUACCAGUACCAGAAAAGAAGGUGGGAGUAGGAGGAAUUGA